AUGCGACAGCCGCCGGGUUAUGAAGACCCAGAUCGGCCCGAUUAUGUGUGUCACUUACAGCGGUCCCUCUAUGGGUUGAAGCAAGCCCCGAGGGCCUGGUUCAAGCGUUUGCAUGAUUUCUUGCUUAUCACGGGGUUUGUUGCCUCGAAGACGGAUGUAUCCCUUUUCCAUUACUCUGCAGGGGACUCAAGAGUCUUUUUGCUCGUAUACGUGGAUGAUAUCAUUAUGCUUGGGAAUGCACCAUCCCUAGUUCACACGUUACUCGGUAAAUUAGCGGCAACGUUCAAGAUUCGUGAUCUUGGAACUCCCACGUUCUUCCUAGGCAUUGAAACCUUAAGUGUUCCCGGAGGACUAGUUCUUUCUCAGCGCCGCUAUAUGCGUGACAUCCUACAACGGGCUGGUAUGACCGAGUGUAAAACGCUUGCAACUCCCGCUUCUGUUUCUCAGCCAGUUAGUCAGUCCACGGAGUCGUUUGACAACCCGACUCUUUAUCGACGUCUUGCCGGUGCGCUGCAGUAUCUCACCAUCACACGCCCGGAUCUAUCCUAUUCGGUGAACCGUCUGUGUCAGUUCAUGCAUUCACCCACAGAAGAACAUUGGGGGCUCCUUAAACGUGUGUUACAUUAUGUUCGUGGUACUUUGGACUACGGGUUGCAGAUUUCUGCGUCUGCGUCCGCCGACAUUCAUGUGUACUAUGAUUCCGACUGGGCUGGGUGCCCAGUUGACAGGAAGUCUACUAGUGGCUAUGCCGUAUUCUUGGGGUCGAAUCUGAUAUCCUGGGUGUCCCGAAAGCAACGUACAGUUGCACGAUCGUCCAUUGAGGCUGAGUACAAGGGAUUGGCAGAUGCGUGUGCAGAGGUUACUUGGGUUGUUUCAUUGCUUAAUGAGCUUGGUCUAGGCUCAUUGACGGCUCCGACGUUAUGGUGCGACAAUCUUGGAGCCACAUAUCUCUGCGCCAAUCCAGUCUUUCACGCUCGUACGAAGCACGUUGAGGUCGACUAUCACUUUGUUCGGGACAAAGUCUCUGCAGGACAGCUUCAGGUUCACUUCGUUUCUACCAAAGAUCAGCUAGCGGAUAUCUUCACCAAACCGCUACCAGCAGCUCGGUUUGGAGCGUUGCGUGACAAGCUCAAUGUGGUGUCUCACUCACCUUGUGCUUGA